CCUUGCAAGAAGGGAGCGAAGGCGUGGUAGGCGCAUUCAGCCGGCAGAGGAGGUUGUGGCGGCGGCGGUAGGAAGUAUGGACAACGCAGGGAAGGAGCGCGAGGCAGUCCAGCUGAUGGCGGAUGCCGAAAAGCGACUUAAGGCCUCCCACUCCUUCCUCCGAGGGCUGUUUGGAGGAAACACAAGAAUAGAAGAGGCUUGUGAAAUGUAUACCAGAGCUGCAAAUAUGUUCAAGAUGGCUAAAAAUUGGAGUGCUGCAGGAAAUGCAUUUUGUCAGGCAGCCAAACUCCAUAUGCAGCUCCAGAGCAAACAUGAUUCCGCCACCAGCUUUGUGGAUGCUGGGAAUGCUUACAAAAAGGCAGACCCUCACGAGGCUAUCAACUGCUUAAAUGCAGCCAUCGACAUUUACACAGACAUGGGAAGGUUUACAAUCGCAGCCAAACACCACAUUACUAUUGCUGAGAUUUAUGAGACUGAACUUGUAGACAUCGAGAAGGCUAUUGCACAUUAUGAACAAUCGGCUGAUUAUUACAAAGGAGAAGAAUCCAACAGUUCAGCUAACAAGUGUCUGCUAAAGGUGGCAGCAUAUGCUGCCCAGCUUGAGCAAUACCAGAAAGCCAUUGAGAUCUAUGAGCAGGUUGGGGCAAACACCAUGGAUAAUCCUCUGUUGAAGUACAGUGCAAAGGAUUACUUCUUUAAAGCAGCCCUCUGUCACUUCAUAGUCGAUGAGUUGAAUGCCAAGCUGGCUCUUGAGAAAUAUGAGGAAAUGUUUCCAGCAUUUACUGAUUCAAGAGAAUGUAAAUUAUUGAAAAAACUUCUAGAAGCUCAUGAAGAACAGAACAGUGAAGCUUACACUGAAGCAGUGAAGGAAUUUGACUCAAUAUCUCGCUUGGAUCAGUGGCUUACUACCAUGUUGCUUCGUAUCAAAAAGUCCAUCCAAGGGGAUGGAGAAGGAGACGGAGACCUAAAGUGAAACAUUUAUACGUCUUUGUGGCAUGCAGCUAACUCCUUUUUAGUUCCUCUUAGGGCCAAGUGAUCUUUAUGGGAUGCCCAUUUAAUGGCUUAGUUUUGUUGCACAUGAACCCAACAAUGCGUGUGUGUUUCUGUGUUUAUAUCACUGUUAAGCAAAUGGAUAAAAGAAUCUCCUGUGCAUAUUGUGGGCGUGAUGGGCUAUUUCAUGCUUGCCAGAGUCCCCAGAGUUUUCCGAGUACUACUUCAGAAUUUUAUUCUUGUUUGGUAUUUGCAGAGUCAUGUUUAGUUUUGCCACAUAUUCUGUCCUUUUUCUUGGACUUGAGUAUCUAACCCAAUUUGCUCUAAUCGCUGCUUUGCAUACUCUCUGUAAAUUUGCAUCUGGAUGUAUUCUCUAAGUGUAUGUAUUUAGUUUAGGGUGGUUGUUAGGAAUCAGUUGAUGACUUUCUUUAUUAUAAAUUUGUUGUUGUUAUCUUGUGAUUUUUUGAUGAUACUAAUGACCAGUUUCUGCUUUUGACAUUGUUCCCUAUGCUAACAUGCAUGUGAAAAUUCGGAACACAGGUCUGCCUGCAUCACUUAAACUUGCUUAUGUGUGUGGAUGAAUGUCAAGGUGGGUUUGACUGCUUUGUAUUUACACACACACAAAUAUAUAAGAUUUAUGAGAAACGGAAAUUUUCCUUUUCCUAGACCUGGUUCCACUUUUAGUUGGCGGGGAAAUCCCUUUCCUUAUAUUCGCAUAAAGGUGGUGUAACUGGCAUCCCCCUUCUCUUUACCUUCAUGGCCAUACUCUUUCCCACAUUGAGAUGCCUUCCUUUAUGCCACAGUCAUCACAUCCUCACUGGGGCCCAGAGAUUAUGAGUCAAAGCGUGAGAAAGGGUUUCAGUAAUUUUAUCCAUUUAUUGACCAUGAUGGGUUAGGUAGGGUAUAUAUGGUACAGAGGCUUACUAUAUGCCUCCAACUAGCUUUUCAGGAGACUGUAUUUUCUUCUUAGCUGAUGGGAUUGCUUUAGCUUUUGUAUUUGAACUUUAAAUUCUAUCCUUUUAUUUUACAUGAUAAGUGCUCUAUUAAUUUACGAACUUGACCCCUACCCAUUAUGUUACAUGCUGACAUUGUACUUAGAUGUGAUCUUGUUUUUUGAAUCUCCUCUGUACAUAUUUUUUUCUUAUUAAUUCUCACCCAAGGAUAUUUUUUCCCAUUGAUUUUUUAAGAGAGAGUGAAUGGGAGGGGGGAUGGAGGGGCGGGGGAGAGAGAAACAUUGAUGUGAGAAAGACACAUCAAUUGGUUGCCUCCUACACGUGACCCAACCAGGGCCCGGGAUCAAACCUGCUACCCAGGUAUGUGCUCUAGAUCGGGAAUCAAACCCAUGACCCUUUGGUGCGCUCUAACCACUGAGGGAAACUGUCCAGAGCUCCUCUGUGCACAUUUUUAGGCUUAAAUGAUUUAUGUUUGAUGUGCAUUUGUUGCCAUAUAUAGCCUGUGUUUUUUUCUGACUUGUGCUGCUCUCAUUAAUGACAGGUAAUGAAAUUUCCCAUGUUAUGUUAGAUAGUAACUAGUAUUUAAAUGAUGUUUUCAUUUUUGGGUGGCCCUCAACUGGAAUUAAUAGGCUUUGUUGGAUAGAAGUAGAAUGUGCCCAAAGAGCUCAGUGAGGAAGAAGGUUUGGGGAUGGUGAAUGGGUUAACCUGGGGUGAAGGAGAAAGUAGCAGAAGAAGAAAAGGGCAGCCGAGGCCCAGCUGGGAGGCUGUUUCUCAGGUGGCUGAGGAAUCCCUGGCUGUACCUGCAGUGAUGUGUGCAAGGUGGGCUGAUGGAGAGGAAGGCGUCGUACUAUCAUCUGAGGCAGAGGGAAUCGACCAGAAGACACGGGCACUCUGGCAUUGGGCCCCGGAAUCUGAUAAGGAUUUAUUUUUUCCUUCAAAAGUCAGGGAUUCUUAAAAGAAAGCUGGCUAUUACAGUACAAAUUUGGAACGGAGCUUGUUUGGUACUUUAUUUCCUGUUGGACUCUCUUAUGAAAAUAUAGAAAAGUAGGGUUUUGUUGCUUUAUCUAAUAUAUUCCACAACCACCCAACUGUGCUUUUGUAACAAAGCUUUUUUCCAAAUGCACUUUUGCGAAAGUGAGGCGUGGGGAGUGCUUUUGCAGCCCGUGUCCUCUGGCCAUAGGUCUGCCCAUCUGAAGAGCAUGUAAAUCCCAGCCAGUCAACAUGCUUCUUCCAUCACUAGUUUAGAAAGUGUGUUUCCACUCUUUAAAAGAGCCUUCUGGUCUGACCACUUAAAAGUAAAAACUAAAUGCUUUUGUUUUAAGGCAGUUCCAUUUAGCUUUAUUGUGAUUCCUUAACAAACACACCUGAAAAAGAGGUAUGGUUUUUACAAAAUAAUAUUGGUAACAUUUUGUGAUGUCAGUCAGGGACUUGCUGUUUCGAAAUAAACAACGAUAUCAGUGCCUGCGUUAAGAAUUUUCAAAUAUUUCACACGAAAGAGUAAAAGUAACUGUGACGACUAGAACAGACUUGCUAGGUGAAAGGAAAAGGAGAGGGAGAAAAUCCCAUUAACAAUACCCAAACUUCCUUCCUUGAAACGUUCCACUGUUGAAUGUAGGGUAGUGCCGUGACACAGAGGCCCAAGGUAUGUUCUCAGGAUCUAGGGAAUGUUAUUUAUGAACAAAAUGUAAUGACUGUUAUGUUAUAGUUCUUGUAUUUUAGCAAAUCGGGGUUUAGUUCAUAGUCAAAAUCAGUGGUGGCAACAUUUUUAUAGCUUCUGCGAGUUCCUUUUUUAUUUAAUGACUUAAAGACAGUAUUUUUGCAGUUGACUGUGUGUGAUGAUGUCACUAUAAUCAAAGUGUGUGCAUUUAUUGUUUCCUCUGAUACUGUGCGUUUAAAACAUUCAAAUGCACACCUGUGGCUUCCUUUGGAGGGUUUGGCAGCACAGCAUGCUGCCCGUGACCCACCACCAGGGCCGUGCGUGCGGGUCCUGCCUGCGAAGUUGAGCCGGUCACCGUGUUCUUUCCCAUGCUCUCCGGUGGAGUAUUGUAUUAUGGAAACUAACCAUAAAUCUACCUUAGCAGAAAAGAGUAUGUAUGUUUUGUGUGAACUUGUACAGUAAAUAAAGUGGAAAUUAUGAGUAA